AUGAGAAAGAAUGGAGAUGUUGAUAUAAGAGCGAGAAGACAAAUACCUGUUAAAUGGAGUAAUUCGAGAUUUUCAUACACACCUGAACAACAAAUUCCUUCAAAGUUAAAACCAUUUUUCCGAAGAGGAACACAAAAUAUUAACCCAAAUAAAUGGCCAAGAAUCCCACCACGUUUCAACACUGUAAAUUCUUAUUCGGUCGGAAGGGGUAGUGAGACCGGAAUUGGAAGAUUAGAACCACAAAAAACACAAAUUACAACAACCACAACAUUUCCUUCUACAACAUCUUCAACGCUAAAAACAUCCCAGGCAAGUUAA